UUGGGAAGUUUUGAAGAAAAUAGCUAGUGUUUUGAACUACCAAAGAAUGAAAAAAUAGAAAUUGAGGUAGAGGAUGUUAGGGUAGUUUAUGGCUUGCCUACAGGAGAAAUUCCAAUUGUUGAGCCAAAGUCUGAUAAAAUUAGUGAGGAGUAUGCAGAAUUUCUGAAGAAAUGGAGAAAAUCAUGGUCAGGAAAAACUCCAUCAGUGAGUCAGAUUGUGAAUGGAUACAUAAAUGAUAAAUUCACCAACAACAGACCACCAAGUGAACAUUUCAUUACUAACUUUUUAGCAGUGGCUGUGAACUGCUUGAUGAAAUGUGUAUCAAACAAUCAAUGCCAUUUCAAAUUUCUUUAUUCUAUGAUGGACAAAGAAAAGAUAAAAAAUUUGAACUGGUGUCAGUUUGUAUAUGACUCACUUAUCAAAUGUCAUGUUGAUUGGAGAAAGCAGCAAGGCAAGGGGUUCUACAAAGGCCCUCUUCAAUUUCUGAUGUUGUUCUAUUUUGAUAGAGUUCAGAGGUUAGACAAAAGGCCUCCAAGAACAAUUCCUAUCAUAUCUGCAUGGAAUAGAGACAUGGUUCUUGAGAGGUUGAAGAUUGAAUUAGAAUUGGGAUUUGGGAGAGGGAAAAUUCUACCAAGGAUUGCUGCAGAAGUUGAAGAAAGUCCUAAGGUUUUUAUGGAUGAUUUUGUUUCCCUGGUAAAAACAACUUGUUCAAACCUGUCAAAGCUUUCUUCAAAAUUGGUGAAUGCAAAGGAUAUCUUCCCUGGAAAUGACUUGGUGAAAAAAGUUGAUGAAGUUUUAGGAAAGGUGGCAGCUAGGGAACCAUCAAUUCUAAGCCAAGAUGAAGAAUUCUUUGGCAGUGAGGAUUUCCUAAAUGCACUUGCACAAGCUGAGAAGAAUCUGAUGCAAGGGUCUGAAAAGCAAACAACUGAGAAGCAAAUGACUGGGAAGAAAUUAACCAAAAAGGGAAAGGAAAAAGAACAAGAAUAUGACAUCAGAAAAGCUUUCAGCUUGGGGUUGACUCCACCUUCUCCAGCCAUUGAAACAGGGCCCACCUCUUCAACACUUGGUGAUAUAAUUGAACAACCAAUAAUUUCAACAAAUUUGUAUCUCCGAAAUGAUGAUUUAUAA